CCUUGUUCUCGGCGCAACUCAAUCUUUCUUUCUUCCCUCCUUUGUUCAUCCGCCUCAACCUUAAUCCGCACAACUCCCGCCGCCAGUGACCACACUUUCCACCGAUACAUACGACCCCGGGCACCAUAUCUCCUCAACCUAAGCCCCCAUUUGUUCCGUUUGCCAAUCUUAUUCGGACAUCAACCACAGUCAAGCAUAGGGAUACCAGCUGCAUGUUUACUUUCCUCUCCGCUUCUUCCCCUGGAUCAUUAGUCUGUUUCGGUUUCCGCGUGUAGGGAAGUGGGUAUAGAGCGCCCUGGAGAGAGACCGCAAGAGACGGGCCCGGCGCAACUUUGUCACGACUCCCUAAACGAAACGUAUAUGCCAACGACGUCACGAAAUUCGAAAAAGACACCGCUACUCUAAUACCCACAAUCGAGGGCGCCCGAUCGCAUACACUCCAUUGGCACUUCUAACGGCCGCUGCAACAUGCGAUAGCCCCAGUGCCAAACCUCCGAACGCACACCCAGGUUGAGAGUGCUCUUUCGACACCCGAUUCAAACAUCACCAUGCCACCCUACGCUAAUGUCCAAUCCCAUCGCGACUCCCUCGAGCUCGCCUCCCUCGCCUCCUCCUCCCGCGCCGACUCUGUCGUCUCAGACCUCCCCUCGUCACGGCCCUCCAUAUCGUCCUCCCGCAAGCUCUCCUUUGACGCCGAAGACCCCCUAGACGCCGCGAACCCGGCCGCCGCCGCCUCCUCAGGGAGACCGAACCGCCAUGACCGCUCCUACUCCGUCUCCUCGGGCUUCGACUUCGCCGCGAACCUCUUCCCCCUGAGCUCCACAGCCGGCGCCGGUGGCGCAGGCGGCUACGCACCCAUCGGCGCGCCCACCUCGACCGCGAUACAAAACGGCGGACUCGGCGGCGGCAGCUUGGAGAAGCACAAGACGCUCACGUACCUCAACGGCCUGAGUCUGAUUGUGGGCCUCAUCAUAGGGAGCGGCAUCUUUUCGAGCCCGAGCCAGGUGAGCUCAAAAGUCGGCUCGCCCGGCGCCGCGCUCGUCGUCUGGGUCAUUGCCGGCGUGCUGGCCUGGACGGGCGCGGCGAGCUACGCGGAGCUCGGCGGCGCGAUACCCUUGAAUGGCGGCGCGCAGGUCUACCUCGCCAAGAUCAUGGGCGAGAUGGCCGGCUUCCUCUUCACCUGGGUGGCCGUGCUGGUGCUGAAGCCGGGCAGCGCCGCCAUCAUCGCCAUCAUCAUGGGCGAGUACCUCGUGCGCGCCGCCAUUGGCGCCGAGGCCGAGAGCCUCAGCCCCUGGGUCAACAAGGCCGUCGCCAUGGUCGCCCUCGUCUCCGUCACGCUCCUCAACUGCGUCUCCACCAAGCUCGGCACAAAGGUCAACGAUUGGCUCAUGUUUCUCAAGUUUAUUGCGUUGCUGGGCGUUACCGUGACUGGCAUCGUCGUCGCCAUCACCGGCAAGACCGUCACGGGCAAGGCCAACAUGGAGUGGAAGUCACACGAGUGGUUCGAGGGCACCUCCACCGACCUCUCCGCCUGGGCCGUCGCUCUGUACGCGGGACUCUGGGCCUACGACGGCUGGGACAAUACAAACUACGUCGUCGGCGAGUUCCGCAAUCCGAGCCGCGACCUCCCCCGCGUCAUCCAUACCGCCAUGCCCCUCGUCAUCCUCUCCUACGUCCUCGCCAACAUUGCCUACUUUCUCGUCCUCCCCCUCGCGGCCGUUAACGCCUCCAACACGAUCGCCGUCCAGUUCGGCGCAAAAGUCUUUGGCCCCGUCGGCUCCCUCGUUCUCGCCCUCGUCGUCUCGGCAUCCUGUUUCGGCGCCCUCAACUCGUCGACCUUUACCUCGUCGCGGCUGGUGUACGUCGCCGGCAAAGAGGGCUACAUCCCCUCCGUCUUUGGCAGCAUUGGCCUCUCUCGCAACGGCAACAGCAGCGGCGGCCACUCCGUCACCACCUCCCGCACCUCCCGCGGCCGCCUCGCAAACCUCCUGAUUAGUGCCCUCGGCGACGACGACAUGGGCCUCUUCUACACCCCCGUCUGGGCCCUCGUGCUCAACGGCCUGCUGACGGCGGCGUACAUCAUCGUGGGCGAAUUCGGCACCCUGCUGACGUUUUACGGCGUCGCGGGGUACACUUUCUACUUUAUCACGGUGCUGGGCCUCAUUAUUCUGCGCGUGCGCGAGCCGCAGCUAGACAGGCCGUACCGGACGUGGAUCACGACGCCCAUUAUCUUCUGCUGCGUCUCGCUGUUUUUGCUGAGCCGCGCCGUGUUCGCGCAACCGCUGCAGACGGUGACGGUGGUGCUGUUUGUGGUGGCGGGCGUGCCGGUGUACUUUUGGCGGAUCCGCGGGCGGGAUCAGCAGGUUGUUAAGCGGGAGGCGAGGCAUCGUGGGUAUGAAGAGGGGGAGGAGAGGGCGUGGUGGCAGUUUUGGAAGAGGUCAUGAUGCGCCCGAACCCGGAGGGUGGAGGGUUUGCGAGGUAGAGAAGAAGAGAAAAAGAGAGAGAGGAGUCGUGGCUUGGGAGUUUGCACCCCUGCUUCUGGAUACCUGUCUGAGAGGUCAUGUUUAUCGAUUUUUGCAUAUCGCCGCCGUACGGUGAGUGGCGGC